AAUCUAACCCUAACCCAACACUAUCCCCGAGAAGAAGAUCAGAACCCCAAACUUAUCCUUUUCCUCUUCAUCUCUCCCAAAACUCUCAACAAGACCACCAGGAGAAACUAAAGUCACACGUACAAAAGCUCCCCUAAAAGAUGGUAAGUUCCGCUGAUAAUUCGGUGGAUGACACCAAAAAUCCACUCAUUCUCUCCUUUCCGUUGAAGGCUAGUAAUACUUAGUUCAUUAAACUAGAUAAAGAAACAAGAAAGCAAGCAACACAUACAGCGAGAAAAGGAUUAAGGAAGUGAGCGUUUUGAGAUAAGAACAGAAGGUAGAAAGUACUCAAAAACUAAUGGAUCCAGUUGCAGCACAUGGCCAUUCUCUUCCCCCUCCUUUCCACACAAGAGAUCUUCAUCUACACCACCAUCAACAACAGCAAUUUCAUCACCAACAACAACAAAAUUCAGAAGAUGAGCAAAGCGGAAGCAGUGGCCUAAACCGGCCCCAGAAACGAGAUCGUGAUGAAAAUAACAGCAGCAGCAACAAUAACAUCAAUACCAGUGAAGGCAACGAACUCGUCAUGGCCCCAGGAGAAGGAGAGAUGACAAGGAGACCCCGUGGAAGACCAGCCGGAUCCAAGAACAAGCCCAAGCCACCGAUCAUCAUCACACGCGACAGCGCCAAUGCUCUUCGCACCCAUGUAAUGGAAAUCGGUGAUGGGUGUGAUAUUGUUGAGAGUGUCGCUACCUUCGCAAGGAGACGCCAGAGAGGGGUCUGCAUAAUGAGUGGGACCGGCACAGUGACUAAUGUAACACUCAGGCAGCCGGCCUCACCCGGUGCAAUCGUGACUUUACACGGUCGGUUCGAGAUCUUAUCUCUAGCCGGGUCGUUCUUACCACCACCAGCACCACCUGCUGCGACAGGAUUGACUAUAUAUUUAGCAGGAGGACAAGGACAGGUGGUGGGGGGUAGUGUUGUUGGAACGCUAAUUGCAUCUGGGCCGGUUGUGGUCAUGGCAGCCUCCUUUAGUAACGCUGCAUAUGAAAGGCUUCCUCUAGAAGAGGAGGAAACUCAGGUGCCAAUGCAAGAUGGUACAAUUGGGUCCCCAGGUGCGGUUGGUCAGCAGCAGCAGCUUUUGGGAGAUGCCAAUGCGCCUCUCUUUCAAGGCUUACCGCCUAAUCUUCUCAACUCCGUUCAAUUGCCAGCUGAGGCAUACUGGGCAACUGGUCGCCCUCCAUACUGAAGUGUCAUUGAAGGCCCUACCAGGUUUUUCACUUUCACAUUGAUCAGAUUCAGCUUUACAAAGAUAUCACCAACGUUGUAGCUAGGAAUGUUUGGUUGUCGAGCAUUGCAGGUCUUUAUUGUUUCUUCUGUUUAGUUUUUGACUCGCAAUUGAUGAACAGAUUAUGUGUUUACAUGACUGAAGAACUUUAAAUUCAUGGAUUCCUGGAGUGAGUUUGAUGCUAUGAAA